AUGGAUUUCAAAGAUGCGUCGGUGACUUUUCCAUUCCUUCAAUUGCCUCAAGAGCUCCAGCUUGAGGUUCUUCGAAAACUCCCUCCACCUGAUGCGAAUAGGUUUCGUUGUGCUUCUUCAAAAAUGUAUGUGAUGGUUGAAGAGAAUCGCAUGUCGCUAGCAAGGAGAAAAAUCAGAUCUGUCUCGAUUGCCCCGAAUUGGGCAGAAUUGGUUCCGAAGCGUGAAAACAUUCCUGCAGCAGAACGUCUGAAUUUUGAGGAGGCUGAGUUUGCUCGUUUAUUUCGAGCCUGUGAUAUUGAUAUGCUGCAUAUCGUCAACAUAAUUAAGGAAAAGUUGCUUGUUAUUGAAACUAUGCGAUCUUGA